GCACCGUAGAAACAGGAAGUACAAGAAAAGCUACAGCAAAACAAAAACACAUUGAAGCUAGAUUAUCCCAAAAUUACUCUGAGCCAAAAUGGACAAUCAAAAUACAAAUUCUAUGCGGAACGACUCACGAUGCGUAUAUUUUAAAACACAUUCAGAGGACUAUCGAUGCGAGGUGAUUUUAAUGGUAAAACGAGCCACGGGGACCUUCUCCUUAGCAGGAUGUCUUUUCAUGCUGUUUGUGAUCUGGCUGCUCCGCAGAUAUCACUCUUUGGCUCAGAAGAUGAUUCUCAGCCUGACUGUAGCUGCCUUUUUUGACAGUGUAGCAUAUGUCAUGGGAGAGUCCCAUCCAGAGGGAUCUCUUUGUGACUUCCAGGCCUGGUGGCUAACUUACUUUGACUGGAGUGCCUUGGCCUGGGUCUGCCUCAUCACUUUGAACCUGUACCUCAACCUGGUCCGAGAAAUAAGCACCAACAGAUAUCUGAUGUUGUACCAUCUGAUGGCAUGGGGGGUGCCUCUGGUCAUGGCCUCUUUACCGCUGCUAAAGGGUUACUACGGCCCCGCAGGAGCCUGGUGCUGGAUCACAGAGGAUCACGUAGCCUGGAGAUUUGGGAUAUGGUACGUGCCUCUCUUCAGCCUCAUCUUCCUGAUGAUAUGCUGCUAUGCCAGGAUCAUCUGCGUGGCCAAUAAGAGGAUGCAGUCAUGGUUGGGAACCUUCAACCCGGAGAGGGAGAGACGAAAGGUUUCCUUGGCUGAGGAGAUCAAGCCGUUGAAGUGGUAUCCCUCCGUUUACCUGCUGGUGUCUACCUUUCCCCUCAUCAACAGGCUCCAUAAUGCCUUCUACCCACAGGAUCCAUCCUUCUCCCUCACCCUGUUGCACGUCCUGUCAGCACCACUCCACGGCUUGGCCAAUGCCUUUGUUUUUGGCCUGGAUAGGGAUUGGUGGAGCCUACUGAGCCCUACUGGCAUGCAGCUGGCUCUGCAGUCGCGGCUGUGUGACAGGACUCGGAUCGGAGAGUACCACCCCGGGGCAGUGCGCUACACACAAGCUGACCUGGUGGACCUCAGCGAUGACGACGAGGAUGACACCAACGUGCUCUUCUACUCUCCUGACAUGACCCUGAAAGACCGAGGGCCCUGAGAGAGAGAGCUGGGCGGAUACAGAGAGAGAGAGAGAGAGAGAGAGAGAGAGAGGGACACAAAAGAGCUGGAGGGAAGGAACACGAAGGAGGGUCACAGCCAGAGAGAAACGCAGCGGAUUAGAAACUGAGAGGGAGAAAAAAGAGGUAGGGAGGGAAUGGAAGGGAAGAUUGGGGGGACAGUCAGGCAGAUAGAAGCCGGAGAUGAGCUGUCAGGUUCCAUUAUUAAUCCCCAUCCUUUACUAUUUAAUAUCCUAAAGACACACACACACACACGCACACACACAGUACAGAGCAGCAGCUCCCUGCAAUACUAUCAUCAGAGAGGAGCAAGAAAGGAGUGGCUCUAAAGAUCUUCCUAAUGUUAAAGGCAUCUGCUGCAACCCAAAGGUCUUAAAAGUUUCCCUCUCUACACCGCCUUCUUGACUUGAAUUUUGGCGUACCACAAAAAUGAAAGGGGAAUAAAAAAAAAAAAAAACAUAAAGGACUGCUGAAAGGCAAUCAAAACAAGGUGUUAGUUUAGCAUCCACAGCAAUUACCUUUUCACUUCUCUGCAGGAGACGAGGCGAAAAAGCAGGCCUUUUAAAAAACACCCUCUGUGUCACACUUGAAAGCAGCUACAACUACACUGAGAUUGAUCCCAGUACUAAACAAUCUGGUGGGGUGGAGUGGAAAUACAGAAAGGGCCUUUAAAAACAGUCAGGAUGACUUGCUUGGACAAAUAAGUCCCAAAGCACCAGUGUUGCUCGCUAAGAGUCUCUCCUUCAGUAUUUGGUUUUUGUUUUGUCUCUUUGUAUAUGGCGUUACUGUUGUUGCACCUUUCGCACAAGUAUACCUUUUUGAAAGGUUGUUUUGUAUUUUUUAAUGAAAUACUAGGCCUGUUUCUUAUAAUGUAUUUAUAACAGAUCAAUGUACUGUAUAUAUUUAAGUGUACAUUCUAUUUUUGUACGUGCCUUAGACUGGAAUAUGAAGAAAGUGCUUCUCUUGUUCCACACCUGCUGCUCUCACAUGGCAGUCGAGCAGAUCCUGUUUCAUUCAUUAUAUAGCCUUACAACAACUAAGAAAAAAAAAACGUUAUUAGUCAAGCAAACAUCCCCCCCCCCCUACUCCACACAGACACACACGCCUCUCUCUGUAAGGUGCCUGUCAAAACAGGCUGGAAGAGAUGACACACAUGGCACUCACGGCCAUCGACGGUUCAUCAUCUCGUGUCCUGUGUCAGUGGUGCUGAGGGGACAUAGCUGAGGUGUGAUUGGCAGGAUAAUAGAGUCAUUUUAUAUUCAACCCAGGUCCAUUUGGUUUUUCCCCAUAUGUAGGUGGUUUCAUCACUGUCGGUGCGCACUGCCGGCUGUCAGCUGCUGCUCUGACAUGUUGAACUAAUGAACCGACACUUGACCCUUUUUACCCUUGAGUUGUUGAACUUUUCUGCUGGGCGUCAGUGACACCAGAGUGCAACUUUAGUUUGCAGUUCACAGAGGCCCACCACUGAAUUACACACACACACACACAGACACACACUCUUACAGUGUGCCCCUACCCCUCUUUUGGCACUGUUGCUCGUUUUACUUGACUGUGCACUCCAUCAAAUAAAUGAGCAGGAGAGACAUUUCAUAACAAA